CUUCCCACCCCAGCGCUGCCUGGGCAUGCUCCCAGCUGGGGCCUCAUCCACAGCCAGCCUCUCCUCCCGAGUCCAGUCCGCUCUACCUUAGCCUCUCUUGGUCCCCUCCCUGAGUCCCCAUCCCCAGGCCAAGCCUCUGGCCUCCUCCACUGGCCUCUGAUGCCUUUAGGAACCUGGGCCUCCUGCCUCAUUCCUAAACUUUAGCUUCUCAGCAAACAGGCCUCCCAAGCUCUUGCCCCUCCCUCUCGGGCCUUUCUAUCUCCUCACCAGCUUUAGGGCUCAACCAGGCCUCCUGCUCCUUCCACCUACCGCCUCCCACGGACCAGCAGACAACAGGCCUCCUAGGCUGUUCCUCCUGCUCACUCCCCUGCCCUACCCCACCCAUGGAGACCCCAGGACUGAUUGUGCACGGGGAGGCUGCGCCCUUUUCCACAGCACUCCGAAGCCUCGUCAACAACCCCCUAUACAGUGAUGUUCGCUUUGUCGUCGGUCAAGAACGGCAGGAGGUGUUUGCCCACCGGUGCUUGUUGGCAUGUAGAUGCAACUUCUUCCAGCGACUUCUGGGCUCAGAGCCGGGCCCCGGGGUGCCUAGCCCUGUGGUGCUGAGCACCGUGCCAGCUGAGGCCUUCCUGGCAGUGCUGGAGUUUCUGUACACCAACAGUGCCAAGCUGCACCGCCACUCCGUGGGUUUAUGUGGCGCCUCAUCUCGUUUCCCCCGCCUCUUAUGGGCUUCAGUUCCUAUCCUGCCUCACACACCGGCUAGCCUGGAGAGCAACGUGCACCGGUACAGACAGAAGUAUGGGUAUCUUUCCCAGCUGUGCCUGCAGUUUGUGAUGAAGGUGCUGGAUGUGGAGCUGGUUUGCGAGGCCCUGCAGAUUGCCGUAUCCUUUGGCCUGGGACCGCUGCAGGAGCGCUGUGUAGCUUUCAUAGAGGCCCACAGCCAGGAGACCCUCCGGACCCGUGGUUUCCUGGAGCUGUCGGCACCCGCGUUGCUGCUCCUGCUGCGCAGCGACAAGCUCUGCGUGGAUGAGGCCGAGCUGGUCCUGGCAGCCCGGAGCUGGGCGCGCGUGGGCGCGGCGGUGCUGGAGCGGCCUGCGGCCGAGGUGGCGGCCCCGGUGGUGCGGGAGCUGAGACUGGCCUUGCUGGCUCCGGCAGAGCUGAGCGCCCUGGAAGAGCAGAACCGGCGGGAGCCGCUCAUCCCGGUGGAACAGAUCGUAGAGGCGUGGAAAUGCCAUGCUCUGCGGAGAGGGGAUGCGGCCCGGGGCGCCCCGUGCCGCCGCCGGAAGGGUACCCUGCCCCGGGAGCAUCAUCGCUUUCUGGACCUGCCCUUUAAGUGACCAAAUGCCACGACUUGCGAGGACUUCUGGGCCUCUCCUAAACUACAGCUCCCAACAUGCUCCGCGCUCGGAGCGGGUUUCCGCUCCCAGCAUGCCCGGCUAGCGGGGCGCAGGAGGGGCGGCAGUCUGACACGCGCAGGGGCUGUGGGUGAGGUUCCGGGGGAGGGCGGGCCUGGGCGGCGCGUCAGUAGGCUGAGUCUUGGCUUCAAGGCCCUCGCGAAGCGAGGAAGUGGGUUCCUUCGCGCUGUGCUCUGGCGUUACAGCCGGCUUUUGGGCACUCUCGCCCACCUUGUUUACUCAUUUAAUUCCCACAUAUCGUUUCAGCUCAGACCCUUCUUUAACUCCAGACCUGCCACCUGACGAUCUCUCUCUAAAUGUCCUACAGAGACCUCAGACUCAAUCCAAAAUUGAGCUCGCCCCUCGGCUUUCUCCAGUUUUGCCCCCAUCGUGUUUCUCAUCUCCGUGGGUGCCCAAGCUAGAAGUCUACCGCUCAUCCUUGCUUUUUUCCUCUUCCUCACAUCUGCCUCCCGUGGCUUCUACCUUUUAAGAGGCUGAAAGUUAGCAGAAUAUGCCACCCCAAUAUAUGCCUUUUUGGCAUAAGGUUAUUUUAAGCUGAUUAUUUUGAGGAAAGGGGGAAGUUUUGAUAACAGAGAAGUUACCCUUUUGUAAUGGAAAUGUUUAGAAUGGAAAUCUCCAUUUGUAAGGGUGUCUCCCUCUCUGUACCAGGAUGACUAACUCACAGGAGAAUCUUCCAGUGAAGUCAGUGAAAUCUGCUUAAUAAACCUUAUCCUUGCUUUUGGUGCUUUUUCCUGAUGGCCUUCCUAUAACUGGCCUCCCCACCGUUUUCUUUCUGUUGUUAGCUGAAGGAGGUAUUUAAGCAGGUAUUUUAGGCCACCUCAGGGAGUUACUCAUUUUCCCCUGGGUAUUUCCUAUGUAUACAUGAGAUAUACAUGCUAAUAAACUUCUGGGUUUUUUUGUU